AUGUCUGUCCUAGAAAUGAGUUUUUCGUACGUUUUACAGAGGUUUGUUACAGCAAAGGCCAAAGAAUCUGAGAACCUUACAUGCACAUCAGAUGGAAAUUCAAGAUGUGAUGAGUUAUGUGGAAAGAUGUCCGGCGAGGAAGCAAGAACAUUUUACGAAACUGUUUUGUCUUCUGAAAGCUCUAAUAGAGAAGGUUUUGACUAUGCAAAGGCAUUAACUGAACAAGAACUCAGUUCAAAAAGAGAAAAAUACAAACAGAAUAAUUUAAUAUCACCCAGUGGAACUAAAGAUGGUAAUGACGAUUUUGAUGGUGACAGUAAAUGUAACGAUGUGAACUACAAAAUUCCCUGUUCAAGAUCAAGAAUUUCAAAUAAAUGUGUUUCAAGUUCUUCAAAUCACAGAAUUGUAAAUCAAUUUCUGCAAUAUGCUCAGGAAGGAAGAUUAAGACAAGUUAAAGAUAUGCUUUCAUCUCAUAGCAUAGACAUCGAUGUGUGUGACCAGUUUUCCUGGACUGCUUUGAUGUGUGCAUCUCAUAGUGGGCAGGUUCAUGUUGUGAAAUACCUCUUAGAGAAAGGUGCUGAUUGGAGACUUCACAAGGACUUACAAGGAAGAACUGCACUGGAUCUUGCUAUAGUUGCUAAACAUUUUGACAUUGUAGAACUUCUCAGGUCCUAUAAUGGUUGCAUCAAAUCCAAACAUUGGAAAGCUGAUCUGAGAGAAAAUAAACAUUCCACUGAGAAAACAAAAUUUUGGUGCUCAGUUUGCGAGCAAGAGUUUACAGAUGAUGAAAAGGUACACAAGGGAUCCACAGUUCACUUGUUUAAUAUACAACGCAAGCCUCAAAAGACGUUUUAUUAUAUCCCAGAAGGCAAUGUUGGGUAUCAAAAAUUAAUGAUGUUAAAAUCUGGUUGGAAUGAUGACAAAGGUUUGUUCUUUACUAACUUUUUUCUUUUUGCAGUUGAUCAGUUAAUUAUUAAUCUUCAGAAGUAAUAUUGAAAGGGGCACAAGAUCCAAACUUGGUUGCUUUUGGGAGGAAACCGUUUUUUUCCAUACAAAGUCCUUUUGAAACAAGUCAUUUUGAUAGGAACUUAGGUGGCAAAACUGCGUAUUAAUUUCAGCCACUCAAAGUAUAGUUAGCAUGUGACCAAGAAAAACAUAUGGCAUGAAUAUUCCUUGUUCUAUAAGCCAACUGUGUAAAAUUUUUCAAAGUAACCUGUAUCAAAAGGACAUUGUAUUGAAAUGUUUUGGGGAAGAUCUAAGGAUGUUUUAGGGGGUUUGGUCAAAACCCCUAACAGUAACCAAAAAUGGGAAAUAGGUGAACCCUGCAGUUAUAACAAGAACAUAGUAAAACUUAUGAAAAGUACAGUAACCCAGGAACACAUACAACUCCUGGUAAAGAAGGGGCUCAUUUCAGGGUAAUGGGCACCCUGCCAGUCGAGCCUUGGUUUUGCUUGCUUGAUUUUGGUGUACAGUUGAACCUCUUUACAACGGCUACCUUGAGGACAGAAGAAAGUAGCUGUUGUAGAGAGGUGACCAUUAGCAGAGGUUCGACUGUACUCAAGAAGCCUCUUCAUGAAUCAUGUAAGAUCUUUGUUGAGCAUGCUCUGCAUGUUGCUAUGAUAAAGUCUUCAACUCAGGCCUAAUGGCUGGUGCUUGGUUCAGCAGGCCCAACUAUGAUCAUCGGUUUAUCAACAGUUGGAUGCUCAUGAUUGCAAAACCAGUUUGUUGAGAGAAAACAAGAUUGACUAGUCCAGAAGUUCGGGCCAGGGUGACUUCUAAGGCUUGACAUUAUUCAUUGAGAGCCUCCUUUUUUUUCCUCCUUGAUCUAGAAGGAGGAGGCUCUGCUCUUACAGUGGGUACGGUAAUGGGCUCCUCGUAGAACAGAAUCUACAAAAACCUCUCCAUUGUGGCAGAGGUCUUUUCUUUUUGUCCUCUUAGAAAAAAAAAUUGUUUACUUUAAGCAAUCAAAACACUUUAAUUUGCCUUCUAAAAUAUCUAAUAAUAGUGACUUUGAAUGAAUGAAAGAUGGUAAAUUUUAAGCUCGGUCAAAGAAAUGUGAAAAUGAAAUGAUCAGCAUGUCACAAUUGUGGGACAGAAAAAAAUCUAAGUCCAGGAUUUGAACCUAUGACCUUCCAAACACUGGGCGGACGCUCUAUCCACUUAAGCUAUGGAGAACUCUGCCAUGGAGAGCGAGGCCAUAAUAUACUAAGUUCAUAUUUGACACGCGUCCUGCAUACUGCAAGGAUCAGCAAUAUUGAUGUCUCAAUGUGUGGUGAAAGAAUGAAAGAUGGUAAAUUUUAAGCGCGGUGAAACAAAUGUGAAAAUGAAAUAAUCAGCAUGUCACGAGCGUGGGACAAAAAAAAUCUAAGUCUCCAACUGCAUUCGAACCUAUGACCUCCCAAACACCGGGUGGGAAGUCACAAUAGUGACUUCAUUUCAAAUUUUAUUUUAAGUCCAUAAAAUUGUGCAGUUGGCUUCACACUUGUGAAACAUAGUGUUACCCCCCCAAAAAUUGACAUUCUUUAAUUUAUUCCCUUCUGAACAGGUUUAGGUCCAGAAGGAGCUGGAAGAAAAUUUCCCAUUAAGACAGUCCUUAAAAGAGAUCGUCUGGGUUUAGGUAGCAAGGGUCGUCAACAGCCAAGAGUAACGCACUUUGGUCCAAAUGACCGUACUGCUGUGAAGAGGAGAAAAGUUAGCAAUAAAGACAAGGAGGUAAACAAGCCAAGAAAAACCAGUCGAAGAGAAAGGCUAGCCAAUGAAAAGAAACAAAAGAAUUGGGAAAGAAACAUGAGGAUAUAUAUGAACACAGAAUAAAUUUUAUUUACUGGCAUACUAUUUGACUGCCCUUUUUUCAGCUACUUGAAGAAUGCUGUUAGUAGCUAUAAAUAAAAAAUAAGCAUCGAAAUGUCGUAGAUGCCUACAAAAUCGUAAAUUAUCUUUAUAUUAACAUUAUGC